CCGGAAGUGUGAUUCCAUGCCAAGCGCGGAAAGCUAAUGCUGCACUAACCAUGUUCGGUAUAGCUGGUUAAGGUUAUUUCAGUCUUGGCAGCCAAGAGACACGCAUGCACUAGCUUGAGCUUGGAGCUGAACAAGUGUCCAGAGUUUCGGAAGCAACUGCCGUCAGCCUUGCCCGCCGCCCAGCAGCUGCUCUCGCAACGGGCAAGCAAACACCCAUUCACCACAAACCACACGCCGAGAUGAGGUUCGCGCAAUCAUUUACGCCGGCUCUUCUGCUGCUCGCAGCUGGCGUUGCUCAGGCUGCGUCGGCGUGGGGAUUCGACGAGGGCAGCGUCUCGGUUGUCGGAAGGAAGUCGGGCGAGGCAGUCAAGGAGAAACUCAACGCCAGGGCUCCUCUCUCGAAGCCUGUCUCGCUCGGAAGCACCGACACUCUGAAGCUCAGCUUGACGGCGAAGGACAAUGGCAAGGCAAAGCGGCCACACCAGGCGUUCCUGCUUCUGCAGGAACAAGAGUCGGGCCUUGAGGCGCCUUUCCCCCUGACGGUGAAGGAGAACGGAAAGGCGGUUGCUCAGAUAUCGCACAAAGACCUCCCUGUCCAGCUGCUUGCCGCCACCAAGCCGCUCAAGGCAUCCGUCGUCCUCGCCUCCUUCGGCUCUGCUCAAGGGCUCGAUGCCCCCGUCUUUGAGCUCAAGAUCGAAACAGACCCGAACGUGCCGCCGCCGGCCUACGAGAAGCCUCUGCGCUACGGCAAGAAGCCCGAGAUCCAUCACAUCUUCCGGCCCGACCCCAAGAGCCCGCCCAAAGUUGUCUCGCUGUUUUUCACGCUGGCAGUAGUCGGCACGCUCCCGGCGCUUCUUAUUGGCUGGUUCACCCUCGGCGGGAACCUCAACCACCUCUCCAAGGCCAUUGGUGCGGCACCGCUGUCGCAUGCGACCUUCUUCGGGUCGAUCCUGGCCAUGGAGUUCGUCUUCAUCAUGUACUACACCAGCUGGACCCUGUUCCAAACUUUGCCGGUCAUUGCUGCGGUCGCUGUCGCGACGGUUCUUAGCGGCACCAAAGCGUUGGGGGAGGUGCAGAGCAGGAGACUGGCAGGAGAGCGCUGAGCGGCAGCUGGUCUGUGAGGCAACGGCGUUGAAGACGGCCCCAAAUGUGCGAGGCUGCGGACCCGGAAGCGACCUUGCUCUCUGGGCUCUUGUCUCGGUGGAGCUGGGGUCGGUGGCAUACCAAGCUUGUACAUGUGCUUCUGCUGAAAAUGGCGGGUCACUCGGGGGGUUAAAAGCGGGACGUUUGGUUCGAGUGGACAGAUGCAAUAUUUAUGGUGCAAUAGAUCAAAAGAAUAAGAGCGCCCCGUUGGUUUUGGACUCGCAGAAUCGCCUGCUCCAGCUUCCCUACAUCAAUUCAACAAAGCUUGCUCGUUGGGCUGGCCGCA